CCGCUCUCAUCAGAUCACACUUUGCGAUAUUUUGCUCGAACCUUAACGCAUGCCUUCUUUGUCCCCAACGCCAGUCACGUUCGUACUGAACAGCCGUCAAUGUUUCAGGACAUAAGAAUUAGCAAAAACAAAACAUACAACAGCGGGGAUUCGCCAGUGGUCACCCACCUGACUACUAAUCCGCCGGUAUCCUGCUUAAGUACCGCUGAGCGAACGGGAAGCGCUGAAUUCAGGAUCCUAUGGUCGUAUGUGAAGGUCUAGGCUUUUAGAAAGUAUAGAUACACCGUAGAAACACAAUGUGGUUGUCUGGGC